AUGGCCCACAUGGAGCUAAACUGGCCAUAUCCUCUUCGCAGUAGAUUUGACCCUGCCAAUGACUGGUCCCAUAUCGACUACUCUAUGACUUCGCCCCUCCUCGCAGAUGGCUCAAACUUCCCCUGCAAAGGAUACCAAACCGACAACUUCCGUGCAACUGCAUUCUACUCCGCUGGAAGCACCUAUGAGAUGUCCCUUACGGGAACCGCUACUCAUAAUGGCGGGUCAUGUCAGAUAUCCCUUAGCUACGACAAUGGAGCCACCUUCAAAGUCAUCAAGUCAAUGCUCGGUGGCUGCCCUCUGACUUCGAAAUAUGACUUCGUCAUCCCGUCGGAAGCACCUAAUGGCCGGGCCCUCCUGGCAUGGACAUGGUUCAACCUCACUGGAAACCGUGAGAUGUACAUGAACUGCGCAAAUGUUGAAGUCAUCAACAACGCAGGCGAUGCUGCCAAGUUCAGUGCUCGGCCUAACAUCUUUGUGGCAAAUGUCAACAACGGCUGCGCAACAGUGGAGUGGCAACAGACCGUGUUUGCGAAUCCGGGAGACCAAGUUAUCUAUGGUAAUGGAGUUACUAGCAGCAACCCCGCCUACCCAGUUUGUUAA